AUGUUAAAUCAGAAACCCUGUCUGGCUCGUUUAUGGGGUUCGGAUUGUCAAGCACCAGCGGGUUUAAUUCCUAGUCCAGAACUUCAAGAAUGGCGUAUGGCAAAUAAGGCAGCUGAAUUAUCGCGUGAAAUGGGUAUUACACAUUGUGGUGCAUGGUUUAAACAUCGUAAACGUCAUUUUAAAGAUAAAUACAAAAAUAAACAUUCAGCUAUUUAUGAUCAAUUAGAUUUAGUUACAUACGAAGAAGUUGUCAGAUUACCACAAUUUCGUCAUAGAACAUUAGUAUUACUUGGUGCACAUGGUGUUGGACGACGUCAUAUUAAAAAUUGUUUAAUUCAAUCAUCACCGGAUAAAUUUGCAUAUCCUAUUCCUCAUACAACUAGUACACCACGUAAUGAUGAAGUGAAUGGAAAAAAAUAUUAUUUUAUUUCACAUGAUGAAAUGAUACGUGAUAUUGCUAAUAAUGAAUACUUAGAAUAUGGUUCACAUGAAGGAGCAAUGUAUGGUACAAAAUUGGAUACAAUAAGACAAAUACAUGCAACUAGUUUAAUUGUUAUAUUGGAUGUUGAACCACAAGCAUUGAAAAUAUUACGUACUGCUGAAUUUGCUCCAUGUAUUGUAUUUAUUGCAGCUCCAACUCUCACUAAUAUCACUAAUGGACAGAAUAAUAAUAAUAAUGAUGAUGAUGAUAAUAAUAAUAAUAAUAAUAAUAAUGGUAACAAUAAUAAUGAUGAAAGUCUUGAAAGAUUAACACGUGAUAGUGCAUUAUUAGAACAACAUUAUAGUCAUUUUUUCGACUUAAAAAUUAUUAACAAUGAUAUUGAAGAAACAAUUAUUCAACUUAAACGUGUAAUCGAUGACUUUCAAAUUACUCCACAAUGGAUACCAGUUACAUGGGUCUAUUAA